AUGGCGUUUUCUAUUGUCAACCUUUGCCUCGUGCUGGGUCUUCUCCUGAACGAGAAGGGUGAGACGAGCCUGUUGGCCAGGAUGAUUGACAGGAGUGUGGAGAGGCCGGCAGACCAACAGCUGACUGAGCAGAUAAAGUCCGAGUUGUGCAGCGCAACGCCAAAACUUGGGCGGCUUUUCCAUGUCAGGUCACCGGCUGGUCGCUACAAGUACGACUUAGAUGAGGCAAGGCACGCAUGCGCAGAGCAGGGUGCAACCCUCGCCUCCUAUCACCAGCUGUACGAAGCCUGGCAGGACGGACUGGAUUACUGCGCAUGCGGGUGGCUGUCGGACGGGACUGCCCGGUAUCCAACGCAAAUAUCCAGGUGGUCCCAAGGCACGAGGUCCAUUUUGCUGACGUCAUUUGGUCACGUGAUUACANGUUUUCUGACAGGGCGGCUUUUCCAUGUCAGGUCACCGGCUGGUCGCUACAAGUACGACUUAGAUGAGGCAAGGCACGCAUGCGCAGAGCAGGGUGCAACCCUCGCCUCCUAUCACCAGCUGUACGAGGCCUGGCAGGACGGACUGGAUUACUGCGCAUGCGGGUGGCUGUCGGACGGGACUGCCCGGUAUCCAACGCAAAUAUCCAGGUCGGGCUGUGGCGUAGUUGGCAUCAAUGACUGCGGCUGGCUCACCCAGUACAACGCCUGGUGCUUCCGUGCGCUCAGCUUCUGUGACUGACACAACAUCACUGUCAUGCCAAGCGGUUUCAAAUGUGAUGACGAUGACAUUGUAACUACGGUGUCAGUAACUUACACGGUGAUUAUAGCUUCGAUAACUGCAAGAUAACUACAUUGAUCAGUAAUACUUCUUCUCACCUUCUCACCCGGCCGCCUGUAUGUAAUACUGUACCUGAUAUAAUCUCGGCUGUUGGUUGGAUCAAUACGUCUCACAAUUGUAUUGGAAACU